AUGCCGAGUUCAAGUGACGAAAACAGUUGCAGCACGUCCGAGGAAGUCUACCAACUGCAAUGCAGGGUUUGCAAAGCGCCUUCGGAUGGGCCUCACUUUGGGAUCCAGGCAUGCAGAGCUUGUAGCGCAUUCUUUCGUCGAUCGGUCGUUGAAAAUCGCCGAUACAAGUGCUCGCAAUAUGGGAAAUGCAAAAUUUCGACCGGUAAGAGAAGGGUUUUAAGCUUGAAUUUUUAAUUUUUAGACGUCCGAAACUCCUGUCGAAGCUGUCGAUUUACAAAGUGUGUGGCGGCUGGAAUGCGAACCGACAGUAAGUUGGGUUUCAACGAAAAAUAUUCUUCUUUAUAUACGCCGCUGGCAUCCUAUAGUGAGGCAUUCUAUUAGGACGAACCAAAAAAAAUUUCCGAUUUUAUUCAAAGUUUAAAAAUAAUUUUAACAAAUGAAAUCCGUUAAGUUUGAGAUACGGAAUAUAAAACAUAUAUGUGCCUUCAGAAGUCCAACAGCCCCGAGAUCUCAACCGAAACAUCAGCAAACAGCCCACAACUUUCCGCCGACUCCCAAAAACAGUCUCUCCGCCAACAACCCGAAUUAUCGACCGGCUGGCGGAAGGAUAUCGGCGUUACAGCAUUGCGCACGAAGCCAUUUUCUCCUCAAUUUAUCCGGAUACGUUUCUGAAGGACGAUGGGAAAAUGAUUGUGCUGCCGUUGGAGGAGAAGUUGAAAUUGGACUCAAUGCUGGUGCCCACAAUGUAUAAGUUGAUGAAAGAGUUCUUUGUCCCGUACGCAACGAUUGCAAAACCGUAUAAGGUGAGUUUAUGGAACUUUGCAAGGAAAGUAUUACUUUUAUGGCGGCUCCUACUUUUUGAAUGCCUCAAAAAAUCCGAAAAAUUGUGCUUAUCAAGAAUAUAUAAAACUUACAAGGGAAGUACCCGAAGUGCGACGCUCAGAUUUUUAUAAAAAUUGGCAUAGAUGGAGAUUAGAAUUUUCUUAUUCGAUUGCGAACAUCCUAGCUCGCGCUUUGCAGAAUCCGCCGAGAAAGAAGGGCCGGAACAUCGAAAAAAAUCUUCAAAUGCCGGCGAUUUUCCCUGCAAAUUCUCUUGAUCUUGGCAUUCCGUUCCAGGAGAAAAAUAUUUUUUUUCGCAAGAAAUUUUUUCUUGAUAAUGUUCAAGACUAUUUUGUUGCUUUUAUGUGGAAUAUGGUGUUAUUUUCACUUUUUUACACUUGAUUAUAGCGCUAUUAAUUGGAUUGUCGCCAUCCGAGGGGUAAAAUGUUUCGUCCUUUGACGAAUUUAUACAGUUUUUCCUCUGCUGAUGGGCAAACCACUCUAAUAGUUGCUUUAAAGCUGUUUAGGAGACAUGCAAACGUUCUACGGUCGCGUAUGAACAUAAUAUUAAAGUAAGUGUUACAAAAACUUUAUUAUUUUUCAGUGAGCAAAUUCUGAACAACAACAACAGCGAAUGUAUACCAUCGGAACACUGACGAAACACCUUGGGACCUUUACUUUGUUUCUGAAAUGGCAUAAACUGAAAAAUAGUGAAAAAAUAAAAUGUUUGUAACACUUACCUUAUGACUACGUUCCUACGCGACCGUAGAACGUUUGCAUGUCUCCUAAACAAAUUUAAAGCAACUAUUAGAGUGGUUUGCCCAUCAGCAGAGGAAAAACUGUAUAAAUUCGUCAAAGGACGAAACAUUUUACCCCUCGGAUGGCGACAAUCCAAUUAAUAGCGCUAUAAUCAAGUGUAAAAAAGUGAAAAUAACACCAUAUUCCACAUAAAAGCAACAAAAUAGUCUUGAACAUUAUCAAGAAAAAAUUUCUUGCGAAAAAAAAUAUUUUUCUCUUGGAACGGAAUGCCAAGAUCAAGAGCAUUUGCAGGGAAAUUCGCCGGCAUUUGAAGAUUUUUUUCGAUGUUCCGGCCCUUCUUUCUCGGCGGAUUCUGCAAAGCGCGAGCUAGGAUGUUCGCAAUCGAAUAAGAAAAUUCUAAUCUCCAUCUAUGCCAAUUUUUAUAAAAAUCUGAGCGUCGCACUUCGGGUACUUCCCUUGUUAGUUGCCCAAUUUUGGGUUUAAGGGUCGAAAAUGCCCCAAAACUGGCUGAAUUUCACUAUAAAGGGUGCAGGCAUUCCAACAAAAAAGCCAUCAAAAUAACGGAGAAUCAUUGGAUUUGACGGUGAAGCAAGUAUAAUAUACAAAAGUUUCCCUCUAAAAAAGUUUUUUAAGGAUUUCUUUACAAUUGUUCCGCGUAACGCUGUCUUUUCCAAGUCUAAUUGUACAAUUUUUAUAAGUAACAAUCUUUCCCCAUGUCUCUCCCUCAACCCAAUCCGAUUACGAAUUUGACUAGCUUGAUGAGAGCGCAUGUGACGGAGACGAAGCCGUUUUUCAAUUCGCAAAAGAUUUGGGGAUGCUGGGCCAGCCGCCGAACUGUGAAAGUUGUGGAGCAGUAAUGGAGGAAAAGAAGGAUGCGAACGCACCGGAUGGCUUAAAGCGGCGAUGUAAAGCCAGGAUAAUGCUUGAGAACCGGAAAUCCAAACGAUGCGACCAUUCACGGUCGUAUAGGAAGCACACAUGCUUCGCCAGGACCAAACUCCCCAUAUGGAAGAUACUGGAAUUCAUUGAUCUAUGGCUGAAGAAGGCGAUUGGGCCCCUUACUGUCGGGAAGUCCUUUUCGACGCUUGCGGGCUUAAUGCACAACCUCUGGGCGGCCCUGGUAAAAUCGUACAGAUAGACGAAUCUAAAUUCGGCAAGCGAAAAUAUAAUAGGGGGCACCGAGUUGAAGGAAAGUGGGUUUUUGGAGGGGUGGAAGAGGAAAGUGGGGGGAAAACCUUUAUGAUUCCCGUAGCAAAGCGGAACCGAGCGUACCUGAUGACGAUACUACAGCAUUUUGUUCUGCCGGGAACAACUGUAGUAUCGGAUUGUUGGAGGACCUAUGACUGCCUGCGGGAUGAAGGGUUUACUCAUUUUUCUGUAAACCAUUCCAUACAUUUCAAAGACCCCGAAACUGGUGCCCACACAAACACCAUUGAAAGUUAAUGGCGUCACGCCAAGGAAACCGCGGGCACUCAUAACAGGAAGGGUGAGUUCUUAUGCGGCUACCUAGCCGAAUACAUCUUUUGAAAGGAUGUAGGGCUAGGAACGCAAACCAGUAGUAUGAUAAUGGGGAUUCCAGCGCACCCACCCACACCCUCUCGCCCCCUAAAAAAAUAUUAUAGUAUUUAUUAAAAAAACAAGCUUAUUUGAUGUCAAAAAAUUUGAUAAAAUGUGUAAGCUUGUAAUAGUAUGAUAAUGGGAUUCCAGCGCACCCACCCGCACCCUCAAACCCCUAAAAAAAAUUUCAUAGUAUUUAUUAAAAAAACAAGCUUAUUUCAUGUCCAAAAAUUUUCCAGGGCACCCACCCGCACCCUGUCCAAAAAUUUGAUAAGAUGUGUAAACUUUGGUAAAAGCCUCUAAACCUCGUCAAGGUAUUCACACAAUGAUAGAGGAUUUUUGCUUUAAUAGCAGGGAAUUUCAACCCAAACUGAGUAUUUUAGUUUAAAAAACAAGGAAUUUCAACCUGUGCAGACGAAUAUUUAGGGAUUUCAACCAUUUAAAGAUACAAAUGUUAUUUAACGGAAUUCCAACCGAUUAUAUCACUGAUAUUGCAAAUGUUAUUUAACGGGAUUCCAACCAAUUAUAUCGAGUUAUUACAAAAACAAUUACAAGAAAAUAUAAAAAUACUUACCUGAAAUUAUAAAGACUAUUCUAUCUUGUAAUGCCCAAAGGCUAAAGUAUCAACCUUAUUUUCUAAAAUAUACCGUUUAAAACCUGUCGUUUCCGGAUUUAAUACUAAUUUAUUUUGCUUUAUUGUAUGAAUUUUAUGUAACUUACUUUGAAUAAUAAACUGCUCUUUUCUUAAAACUUUAUUCUUAAACAAACAAUCAUGAAACUCUUCAAUUUUCAACUUUUUAGUAACAUUUCUUUUAAUACCCUUAGCUUUAUUUUUCUCUUCUUCUUCUCCUUCAAUUUUAUAACUAUACUGUUUCGGCCUUAAAGCUACUAUUUCCGAUAAAAAUUUUCCAUUUAAUUCAUCUUUCAUUUUACCAAUAACUUUUUUAUUUUCUUCAUUAUACAACUUAUUUUCUUUAGGAUAAUCACUAAAAUCAAAUUCAUCCUUCAUUUUUUCCAUUUCUUCAUAAAUAUCAUCACAAUAAAUUUCAUAAAUUAAAGAAUCCGUAUCCUGAUAAAUUAAAUUUUUCUUAAACUCUUCCAUCUUAUUAUAAUGAAAAUCAUACAUUAAUAAUUUACUUAAUUCUAAUAUACUUAAUCCUACAUAAAUAGGCUUAUCAAAUAUUAGCUUAGUAUUACUCAUUUCAAUACUCAAUAAAUUAUCAUUAAUAAUUUUACUAUUUUUAAAAUUUGGUUUUGCUAUCAUUUUUCUAGCUUUAUUUUCACUAUUUACCAAUUUGAUAUCAACCCUAUUUCUUAUAUUUUCCAUUGUUUUCCCAAAUACACUAUUAUUCAUUAAUUUAAAGAAAUCUUUUUCAAAAUUAUUUUUUGCUUUUUUUCUUAAAUUAGUAUUUAACAUUAUGUACUUUUCCAUCCAAUUACUUUCUUUAAAGCUUAAAAUUCUAUUAAUUUUCUUUAAUUUCAAACCAUGUUCUAAAACUUGUAAUAAAUUUCUAUAAUGGAUGACAUAAUUUUCUUUAUCAUACAAUGUAUUAACUAAUUUCAUAUUAGAAUUUUGACAACAAAAUGGAAAAUCAUUAUGCUUAUCAUGAAUAUUUUUAGGGUAUUCUAAAUCUACUUCUAAAAUACACCCUUUAUUAUUAUUAUUUAAAUUUUCAAUAUAAUCUUCAAUUUCAUCAAUUUUAAUAUUUUCUACAUUUUCCUCAAACUUUAACUCAUCAUAUGGCAAUUUUUGGAUCAUACCAUAUCCAUAUAAAUUAUUUGCAUCAAAAUACAUUAAAUAUUUUGUUUCUUCAUCUUUAUUAUAAUUUUUCAAAUAUUUAUUGUUAGCUUUACUAUAUCUUUUUACUACAUUUACAAUUCCACCUCUAAUUCCCUUUUCCAAAAACAAAUACAUGUCAUAAUCUUCAAUUGUUUUUAAUCUAAUUUCACUUAUUUUUAACAUAGCAUCCCAAGCUAAUCCUGGGGCUGUAUAAUACCAAGCAGGAUCUAAAUUAUAAUUUUUCAUACACACUUUUCUAAAAUUUUCAAACACAUCCCCUAGUUUUAAAACAUCAUUAAUCAUAUAAAUUUUAGUAUAAUCUUUUAAAUUUUUACAUUUUAAUUUUUCAAAAACUUCUAAAGCGUAUUCAUAAUCAUUUUCACUUACACUUUUAUCAUUCAAUCUAUCAUAAAACAUUUCUCUACUAGGCAACAUUUUUUCUUCAUAUUUUUUAAAACUAUCCAUAUAUUCAUACAUAUAAAUCCCUUUUCUAUUCAUUAAUUCGAAUUCUAAGUUAUUUUUAUAGUAUUGUUUACUAACAAUUAGUUGUUCAAGAUUUAAAUUAUUUACUAAAUUAUCAAGGCUUGAUGCCAUAAAACUAAAUGAAUCCAAAAAUCUAAUAUUAAAAUCAUUCAAUUGAUAACUAAAACUAAUAUAUUUUUCACUAUUAUUUGGUAUUAAACUUAUAUCAUUUGUUUCCGUAAAAUUUUCUAAAAUAAGAUGACUAUCAUAGCCUUUUAAAUUAUGGAAAAAUACGGGAAUAAAAUCGUUUUUUCUUUUUAAUAAAUUACACCUCUUACAGAGUGGACCACGGUAUUUUCCAUUAAAAUGAUUAUGAUCCCUACAUUUACAAUUUUUUACACUAUAUUCUACUUUACAUUCAGGACAUUCUUUAUUUUCAUUAUAUUCUUUCCAUUCUUCGUUUGUUAAUUUUUCCAUUUUUUUAUUAUUUUCGCUCAUUAAAUUUCUACAUUUUUCAAUUAAUCUUUCAUUAAAUAUUUUUCCCGCAUCAUAACCAAUAUAAUUUUCACUAUCUAUUAUUUUUCCUUCUUCAUUUACAAUUAUAAAACUGAAGCCUGAUGCAAUAUGUUUUCCAAUAUUUUCACUAUAAGUAAUAUUACUAUUAUUACUAACACUAUCUAUUUUUUUAAUAAUACUCUCAAAAUCAGCAUAAAUAACAUAUGGAAUUUUUUGUUGUUUUUUUAUAUUUUCAAAUUUAAUAUAGUCUUUCUUAGAUUUUUGCCAGACUACAGGCUCAUUUUUCUCACAUUCAAUCAUGUGGUUUUUAUAAUUAUUUUCUGAUUUAAAGUUAACAAAACAUCUUCUACAUACAUAAAUUUUACCUUUAUGUUUUGUAAUUGAACUAACUAAUAAUCUAUUUAUAUUUUUUACCCAACAAUAAUGGGCAUUAUCCUCUUUUUGAAUAUAAAACAAAUCAACAAUUCUCUCAAAUUUAUUUUUACUAACAUAUAAAGGAUAAAUCUCACUAUUUUCAUUACUGAAUACAUUUAUGCAAAUAUUAUUCAAUUUUUCAAAUUUAUUAAUGUCCUUAAUUUUUACAGGAAAGCUAAUAUUACCAAAAUUUAAUUCAUUUUCAUAUCGUCUAUAUUUAGACACCCUUUGUGCAUCUUUUUCUACUGGAUGUAAUGCUGAUAAAAUUGCCCACAUAAAACACUUAUUAUCAUUAUUUUUAACAUUUAUAAUAGCGUUCUUAUUUUUUACAAAAUCAUCCAAUGCAAUAUAACUGCUACCUUUAAAACUUUUAUAUCUAUUUUGAGUCAUACAUAAACUAUUUAUUCUACUCAAACUCCAUCCACUUCCUCGUACUUGUAAAUUUUCUAAAUUAUUUCUUAAUUCACUACAACAAUUUUUAUAAAAAUCGAGUCUACUAUCUUCAGCUAAUAAAACAUUUGAUUUUGUAUUAACAUAAAAUUUCUGGUUUUGUUCACCUAUUUUGUUCAUCUCUAUCUCUAAAGUAAAAUUAAUUUUAACAUUUUUAUUGAUAAUAUCCUUAAUAAUUUUAUUUUGUUUUUUAUUGAAAAAUUUAUCCAACAUUCUAUCCAAAAUUUUAAUAAAAUAAUCCAUGUUUCUUUUUUCAAUUUUUUCCAAAUAUUCAUCAUAGUUGAUAUCGUUAUUCUCAUUCUCAUACACAGUUUGCCUAAUAGUAUUUUUCCAUUCCUUAUAAUUUUCAAAUACACUAUUAUCAAAUUUAAAAACAUCAUUAACAUUAACCUCAGGAAUAAAUUUUACAAACUCAAUCUCAUUUUUAUUAUAUCUUAAGUCGUUAUCAAUUCUAUUUUCCUCAUUUCUUAGAAAAUUAAUCAUUUCACUUUUAGUCAUACCCCUAAUUUUUUUAUACCCCAAAACUUUUAAUUCUGAGCAUUUAGAUCUAAGUUGAUCUCUUGACAUGUUUUCGAGACCCUCCAUUUAUAAAGAAAAAAAUUUUUAAAUAAAUUAAAAAAUGGUAACGCAACGAAUUACAACAAUUUCCCAAAAAUAAAACCCUUUUCCAACAAAAAUAAGCAACCGUCUGUUAGAUCAAAAUCAAUGAAGAAUGGACGAUCCUUUUUGGCCACAUCAUGAAUAAUUUAUUGCUUCCAAAACGAUGAAUCAUUAUAUCUCUUUGAAAAAAAUAUCCUAGGUGUUAAAAAUUAAUACAGUAUUUUCUGAUAUAUUUCCAUUUUGAACUUCUAUCAGAAUUUAAUCUUUUCGUACUGGAAUCAAACUUUUGAAAAAUAGCACUACUAAUUUUUAAAAUUUCAAAAUAAUUAUCACGAUCAAAAUUUGUAACCAGUAAAAAAUUUAAAUCUUUUUUAAAUAAUAAUUCAAGUAAUCCAAUUGUUAAAUUAUAAGUUUUGUCUUCUACUAUCAAAGUUUUGUCAUCAAAUUCAAUUAUUUUAUUCCCAAUAGUAAAAAUAUUUUUAUUGAAACGUACUGAAUAACCAGCUCUGCUAAAAUUUGAAUUACUAUUUAAAUAAUCUAAAAUAAAGUUUAAUUUUUUUAGUUCUUCUUUAUUUUUAACCUUUAUCAACAUUUUUUAAUCUUAAUUUUAAGAGAACAAAUAAGUUAACCGAACAUUUAACAAUUUUAUUAUUCUCAUUUAUUAUGGAUAAUUUUAGAUGUUUUGGAUUUCCGAUUAGAUCAUGAUAUAAUAAAUUUAACGGUUCAUAAUCAAUUCCCAAAGUUUCAUUAAAACGAUGUAGUAUACUUAAUUUCUCAGUAUUCAAAUAGCUGUCUUCAAUCCAAUUACACGAUAAAAAUACAUCUUUUGAAAAAAUUAAUUUAUUUUGUGCAACUUUUUUUCCAGCGGUCAAUAAUUCUUUAUUAAAUCCUAAAUCAAUUGAAUCAAUUGGAGUAAAAUCGAUUUUAUAGUCUUUAGGCAUUUUUAUAUGUACAAAACCCUCAUCAUCCAACGAUGCACUUAAAAAAUUCAUAUCUUCUUUAACAUAUAUUUGAUUUUUAAUAGCACGAAUUAAAUUGUUGAAAUCAUAAAAACCUGUUGGAAUUUUAAGUUUUAUAUCUUCUUCUUUAUACCGAUAAUUAAAUGUAUUAUUUUUGGAAGUAAUUUCUAUAUCCUCUAGUAUUAUUUCACCGUCUAUUUUAACUAAACUAAAUUCAUAAUCACCAUUCAUUAGAUCAUUGUAUUUAAAAUUAUUAUUAUUUGAGCAUAGAUUUAGAUGUAGGUAUUUCAUUUAUUUAGGGAUAUUUUUGGAAAUUGUAAAAGUGUAAUUUUUUUAACGUCUUUACAAACAGAUGUUAAAAUAGUAUUAGACACUUCUUUUUUAACAGUUUUUUCAAUAGUUUCAGUAUCAGAAUCGUAGAAUAAUUCAAAUCCCAUUUAUAAAAAUAAAAAAAUUGAAAAAAAUUUCCUUAAUAAAUGAUCGACGUUGAGAACUAUUCACAAACUAUUGAUAUUGAAAAAGAUAAGAAGUAUUAUGUACUAAUUUUAACAAUUAAAAAAGAUACUAACAAUACUUUGAAAUUAAAAUCUGAAAACUGUUACACUAAUAGUAUAAUAAGUCAUUUAUCAAUUAAUAAUGAUGAUAAUACAAUUUAUUCCAUAAAAUAUUGUUUUGAAACUGAAACAACAAACAAAAUAAUAAUUGAUUUCAGGAGAGAUAACAUUUUUUAUCUAAAUCUAAAACUUAAAGGUCAUAAAAAUACUCAAAUUAGUUCUUCUGCAUAUUAUAAUAAGAAAUUUGUAAAUGAUAAUGGAUUAGAAUUGACAAAACGUCUAAAACCAAACAAUAUUAGAAUUGAAUUUAAACCAAUAGAAAAAACAAUUAAAGAACAAUUUGAAGAACACAAAACUGAAAUCGAAAAUCAAAUUAAAGAAUUAGAAAAUAAAUUUAACAUAAGAAUUUUUGAUUUAGAACAUAAAGUUGAAAGUGGAGGAUUUUUUUGUACAACUGGAAUUCCCACAGAUAUUCAUAAAAUUGAUGAAAAAGAAGAAAAUUAUGAAGAUUUUUUAGAUAACAAAGAUGGUACACAUAUAGUUGAAGAAUCAAAAUUUUGCUAAUCUAAUUUUAUUACACUAUUAUAAACUUUUAAAAACGAUCCUAUGUAAAAAAAAUAAAAAAAUAUUACAUGAUUUAUUUUUUAUCUAUACUCUAUCGUUUUGAAAACGACUAUUAUUAAAUUUUAUUAUUUUUUUACAGAUUUUUACAGAUAGUUUAAUUUAAAACAUAGUAAAAUAUUUUUAUAAAUUUUUUUGGAGAAAACGUCUUUAAAUUAUUUUAAAAUGUUAGCUUCAUCUUCCCAACUAUUGAAUUUAUCAGGAUAACCAUACCAUUUUACUAAUACUUCCUUUUUUCCAUUAUUUGUUCUCUUUUUUAGAAUCUUUUCCACUUUGAAUACGUCUGAUUUAUUAUCAAAUAAUGUUAAUUCUUCAUUAUAAUAUUUUCCUUUUAUUAUCUCAUUUGAUAAAUCUGCUAAUUCAUAAGUAAUUGGAUUAGAAUUGUGUACUUUGUAUAUAUAACAAAUAUUUCAGUUGUAUAAUUAGGUAAAUAGCCUUUAUCAAAUUUUGAUUUAUAUUUUGUGAUUCUUACCUUAUCUCCUUUUUUGAAAACCUUUUUACAAUUGUUUACCUCUUUUUCAGGAAAUAGAUUUUUGUGCACAAUGGCUUUAUUUUCCUUCAAACUAGCUUUAAUUGGACUCAUUUUUAUUGAUCUAUGGUAUCCGUUGUUGUAAUUACUGACCAAAUCAUCCAAUAUUUCAAUCCAUUUAUGAUUAUUAUUUUGAGUAAAUAUUUUGUACAUUUUUUCUUUUAAAGUACGAUUAAAUCGUUCAACAAUCUGAGCUUUUAAUUCUGAUUCAGUCGAAAAAUGAUUAAUAUUAUUUUUAGUGCAUAAAUCUUUGAAUUUACUAUUAUAGAACUCUUUUCCUUUAUCUGUUUGUAUUUUUGUUGGUUUUCUAUUUCUGAAUACACUUAAAAAACCGUUUACUAUCUCAUCAGCUGAUUUAUUUUUUAUUUUGAUAGCCCACGCAAAUUUACUAAAACAGUCGAUAAUUGUCAACAAAUAUUUAAAUCCAUUAUUUUCUUUAGCAUAUGGAAUCAUUUCUACUAAAUCAGCCUGCCAUUGUUCAUCAAUAUCAUGAAUAUACACUCGUUCUCGCUUAAAAUUUUUUCUAAUCGGUUUAUGUAAAGUAUAAGUAUCCUGUUGAUUUAGAAAAUUUUCAACUUCUUUUUGUGUUUUAUUGGUUUUUCUCAUCAUAUCCUGGAUUCCUGAAUAGCCAGUUUUUGGAUUGUAGUAGGUUUUGCAUAAAAUACACUUACAAUUAUUAUGAUUAGGAUUAUUGUUGUCAUUGUUAUUUCUGCGAACAUUGGAAUUCAUUUGAAAUUUUUUCUAUUUAUAUAAAUGAAAAACAUUGAUUUUACAAUUAAGAAAUUUUAUCCAAAAAGAAACAAUAUUAAUCUAUUACCUGAAUCAAUAAGGGCAUGUAUUAUUGGUGAAUCAGGAUGUGGAAAAACUAACCUAAUGAUGAAUUUAUUGUUCAAUAAUCUUAAUGAUGUUGAAUUUUUAGACUACAAUAAUUUGUACAUAUUUUCAACAUCUUUACAUCAACCAAUCUAUCAAUUUAUUGUCAAUGCUUUAGUAAAUAAUCUGAGCAAAAAAGAAAUAAUCCAAUGUAUUGAAACUCAAAAUUAUACUAUUGAUGAUAUUGAAAGAGAGAAAUGGAUAAAAAUACACUGUUUUGAUAAUGGUGAUGAAAUACCAAAUCCUCAAGAAAUUGAUCCUAAUCUAAAGACAUUAAUGAUUUUUGAUGAUGUAAUUGAUGAAAAACAAAAUAAUCUAGAAAAAUAUUAUACAAAAGGAAGACAUAAUAAUAUUGAUUGUUUUUAUUUGUCACAAAAUUAUAUUAAAUUACCCAAAAAUUCCAUUAGACAAAACACCAAUUUAUUCAUUUUAUUUGAACAAGGAGAGAAAGAUUUAUUACAUUUUUUCAAAGAUCAUUGUAAAGGAAUUAGCAGAAAAGAAUUCAAUAAUUUAUGUAAUGAAAGUUGGGAAGAAGAUUUUGGAUUUGUUACAUUAAAUAAAAGUUGUAAAACAAAUGAGGGAAGAUUUAGGAAGAAUUUGGAUGAGUUUUUUAUUCCAAAAAAAUUUUAGUUUUUUUUUUCCUCUAAUAAAUGGAUUUGGAAAUUGUCAACGUAGAUGAUAAAAGUUUUAAUACUAAUAAUACAAAUAAUAUUUUAAAAGUUAAUAAUUCAAUUACAAAAAUUAAUAAUGCUAUAUUGUAUCCUACUGUUGGAUCAGAUUUGAAUAAAAAUGGAAAAAUAGAAUUUAUUAUUGAACAACAAAAUGAAUUUUUAAACUUAUCUAAAAGUUACUUAUAUUUAGAAUGCGAAAUGAGCGAUAUUGUCGGUGAUAUUACACUAGUUAACAAUGCUCCACUAUUUUUAUUUGAAAAAAUUAGUUAUAAUAUGAAUAAUACUGAAAUUGAAUGUAUAAAUGAUCCAGGAAGAAACAGUUUAAUGAAAGGAAUUUUAUCAUAUUCAACUAAUUUAAGUAUGCGUAAUACUUUUGGCUGGGUAUUGGAAGGAAAUGCUUUUUUAAGUAAAAUUGCUACAUAUAAUACAACAAGAAAGGGGAAAUUAAGCUUUAUGAUUCCUAUGUCACAUAUUUUUGGAUUUUUUGAAACGUAUAAUAAAAUUAUUCAUGGAUUUAGACAUAAGUUGACAUUUUUCAGAACUGUGAAUAGUAAUUUUUUUGAAACAACUGACCCAAAAGUAUCAUCUGCUACUGUGAAAAUAAGUAAAAUGUGUUGGAAAAUUCCUCAAAUUACACCAUCAAUUGAUUUGAUUAAUAGAUUUGUUCGUUUUAACAGUUUUGCAUUUUAUAAGCGAGAUUUUGAAGAAUUUGCCAUGCCUUAUGGUAAUAAAGAAUUUACUGUAAAAUUGGGGACAAAAUAUGAUAAAGUUAAGUAUUUAAUUAUUGGAUUUCAAACAAACCGAGAGGAUAAUAUGUUAAAUUGUGCUAAAUUUGAUCAUUGUAAUUUAAAGAAAAUAAAUGUCGAUAUUAAUUUUGAAAAGUAUCCGAAUGAAGCAUUGGAUUGUGAUUUUUCGGUUAAUAAUGCAGUUGAACACUUUGUUAAUGCUGAAAAUUUCAAAAAAUCUUAUUAUAAUUGUAACAGUACUUAUUUUAUGGAUUUGGACAACUAUUGUAAGUAUUAUCCAUUGUUUGUAAUUGAUACUAAUGCUCAAAAAGAGGACAAAAAUCCUGAUAUUACAAUUAAAGCUAAAUUUGAAAAUUCUAUUCCUAAAAAUACUGUUUGUUAUUGUUUGAUUAUCAGUGAUUGUAUUAUUACAGUAUGAAAAUAAUAAAAUAAUACGCAAAUUUUUAAACUAUUUUUACCUUAUUUAUCUUUGAACUUUGAUAUUUGAUCACAAAAAGCGAGAAGAAGAGAGAAACUGAUUAAAAUGCGAAAAAUCGUCGGCCAGGCGGGCGCUGAAGCAGAGAAAAACGGAGAGAGAUUUGAAAAAAAUUAUCUCAAAAAAAUUAUUCAUUGAUGCAUAAAUUAACUUCAAGGCCUUAUAACUUGCUUUAAAGUUGACCGUUUUUGAUGAAAUUUUUUUUACGUCAAUUUAAGAAAAAGUGUCCACCCUCAUUUUAAUUUUAUGUCUAAAUGUCGAUUUUGAAAGUUAUUAUUUUUAUACGGCAUUUAAAGGCAUUUAUUGGCAUCUUUUGGAAUUUUUGGGCAUUGUUAAAUUAAUUUUAAAAAUUCUCUGUCACUGUCAACCAAAGUUUACACAUUUUAUCAAGUUUUUGGACAGGGUGCGGGUGGGUGCCCUGGAAAAUUUUUGGACAUGAAAUAAGCUUGUUUUUUUAAUAAAUACUAUGAAAUUUUUUUUAGGGGUUUGAGGGUGCGGGUGGGUGCGCUGGAAUCCCAUUAUCAUACUAUUACAAGCUUACACAUUUUAUCAAAUUUUUUGACAUCAAAUAAGCUUGUUUUUUUAAUAAAUACUAUAAUAUUUUUUUAGGGGGCGAGAGGGUGUGGGUGGGUGCGCUGGAAUCCCCAUUAUCAUACUACUCAAACCCGUUCCUUGAGUUUUGCACCCACGCGGCCCAACUUUACAUUUGUAAACCUGUGAAAAAUUAAGCGGAAAGGGGUUUAUAUAGGACCUUAAGCCAACAUCCGAUUUAUUUUUCACCCAUAGAAACCUAAAUUGGGCAGCUAAUUUUUACAUAUUCUUGAUCAGUACAAUUUUUCGGAUUUUUGACAUAUGCCCCGUCGAAAAGUAGGAGCCACCAUAAAUGUACCUUCGUCGUUAAAUUGACAAAAAACAUCUUUGAGCUGUUGAAUCGAGCUACUUAUAGUAAAUUUCAAUUUCAGUUCGACCUUUUAAUGAGGUUCAUGCAGAAUUUCCAUCAACUGGAAUGCGCGUAUUUAUCGGCGGUUCUAUUCCCGGACCGUGAAUGUGCCAUGGCCCUCUCGCGGCACGAUUAUACCGACAAAGAACACCUCGACUUCCGGUUCAAGAAUGUGAAAAACAAGGAGGAAAGUCUCAAGUAAGCCACGAAAAUAAGGUUAGAGGUGUAUUUGUCAUUUCAGGACAUUUGAGCCAGUCAGAUUGAGGUUCCAACGACUAAUCAAGAAAGUCAAAAGCAUCCAGAUGAGCGAGUUUGAGUUUUUGUGUUUGGUCGGUAUCGUUACUAGUGGAGAAGGUGAGUUUUUUGUGUUGACCAAAAAAAUUCUAGAUCUCAAAAUUAUUUCGGCAAGUCUUGGGUAGUCAAGAAAAAACAAAAUUACUUUAUCGAUCUGACCCCGUAUCCUUUUCAGUUAUCAACCGGCUUGACAUCCCCGAAGCCUACCGCGAGCGCAACAACAUCUUCAACGAGCUUUACGAGAACUGCAAAGAGAACUACGAUAAUCCGGACCUUCGGUUCGGCAAAUUAUUGCUGUUGAUUCGGGACUGCGAAGAGCUGUCUUCGGUAUUCAAAGAGUGCGUCUUUAUGGCCAUGUUUUUGGACGACAUUUACAAGGACACAAUUGAUCGGAUACGGGCUAUCACUGAGAAAUUAACCUUGUAA